AUGAACGCCCGCGCCCUCAUCCCCCUUUUCCGCACCCUCACCCUCCGCACCCCACUACGCACCACACUCCGCACGCCCAAAGUACACAUCCACACACCCACCUGCGCCUGCUUCUCCACGACACGCCUGACGCGCCCCACCGCCAGCCUCACCACGCACUUCACAGGCCUCAGCACGAGCAAUGCGACCCCAAUGGCAAGCGGCAAAGUGGCCAGCGGCAUGCGGAUACAAACACGCGGGAUGAAAGUGCGCAGCUCGGUGAAGAAACUUUGUGAUGGGUGUAAGAGUGUGAGGAGGAAGGGGGGGAGAUAUGUUUAUAUUAUCUGCAGCAAGAAUCCUAAGCAUAAGCAGAGGCAAGGAUAG